AUGAUCAUGGCAGGAUUCCUGCCGUUCAGCGCCAUCUAUGUGGAGCUGUACUAUAUAUUCGCGAGUGUCUGGGGCCACAAGGUCUACAUCAUCUGGUCCAUCCUCUUCAUAGUCUACAUUAUCCUCAUCGUCGUCACCGCCUUUGUCACAGUGGCCCUCACCUACUUCCAGCUGGCGGUGGAGGACCACCGGUGGUGGUGGCGGUCGUUCCUGUGCGGCGGCAGCACCGCGUUCUUCGUGUACGGCUACUGCCUGUACUACUUUUUCGCGCGGUCAGGCAUGUCUGGUUUUAUGCAAAUAGCCUUCUUUUUUGGGUACAACCUCAUGGUUUGCUAUGGAUUCUUCCUUAUGCUGGGAACGGUGGGGUGGCGCGCCUCGCUCACGUUCGUGCGCGCCAUAUUCAAGAGCAUCCACCUGGACUGA